GUCUUUAUAGGCUAUAUCCUCGCCGUGGCCUUCUUUCUUUCUUUCUUUCUUUUUUCUCUCCCUGAAAAUACCUUCUCUGUACAUACUACGGAAGUAGUUAAUUUCUCUCUGAACAAUUUGCAGGAUACCCCUCCUCAAUACUGAAGCCAGGAUGGGCCGCGAGGACCAGAUCGAAGAGCGCGAGGUGCUCGAUUCCAUAUUCCCGGAAGAAAUUACAGAUGUGUCCGACACUUCAUACCGGAUAUCAAUCACGCUCGACGCUCCAGACAACGACGAACAAAGCCAAGAAGCCGAACCUCCUAUCCUUAUCCUCCAAGUCACCUAUCCUGAAGAGUACCCUGAUGUUGCGCCAGAACUAGACCUCACAGCCCCAACCAAUGCCCCCAAACACCCCCGUCUAGAUAUUAGCGAGGAUCGCGACCGACUACUCGAAGCUCUUCAGCCGACUAUCGAAGAGAACAUGGGAAUGGCGAUGGUAUUCACGCUUGUCAGUGCGCUUAAGGAAAGUGCCGAGUUACUCAUGGUGGAACGUGUGAACGCUGUGCAUGCGGUGCAGGAAAUGGAGGCUGCGAAGGCGGAGGAGGAGGAGAAUAGGAAGUUCCAGGGGACUGCCGUGAACAGGGAAACAUUCUUGGAAUGGCUAGAUAAAUUUAAGAAGGAGAUGGAAGAGGAGGUGAGGAAGAAGAGGGAGGAGAAGGAGGCGGAGGAGAAAAAGGCAAAUAAAAAGGGCCCUGUCAAAGAGGAGAAGAAACUUACGGGAAAGCAGCUUUGGGAGAGGGGGUUGGCUGGGAAAGCAGACUUUGAUGAGGAGUAUGAGGAAACUAUGCCGGCUGCUGUAGAUAAGAUGAAAAUAACGGCGUAGGAUAUCUCUCCUGGAAUAAACUCUAUGUGAAGCCUAUGCGAUGUGGAA